AUGUUCUUUAUCUACCCCACCCCGCAGUACCCGCGUCGGGCACUGGAGUUUGUUUUCAAGUCCCUCUACAUGUUUGCCAACACCAUGCACCUGAUCAGCUUGGUAGUUCUCAUCUCUGACUUCUACACCCGCUUGAGCAACUCGAUGCCGUCGUACUACACCAACAGAGACCUCGUCAUAAGCGACGCCAUCCUUUUGGUCAUGGAGAACUGCAUCUACACUGGAAGCAUCCGGCUAGGCAACGUCCACGGUACGGUGGAGGUGACCGCAGGUAACAUCGGCUACGGCCUCAUGACGACGGCACAAUACGUAACGGGGCUUUUCGUGCUCGAGUUUUUGCUCCUCGUCAACAACUUCCUCGUUGCGUUCAACUACACCAAGGGCAACCGCCACCUUCGCAUCUUCGGCGUACACGUCCCCCUCUACCACAUUACCGUGAUGAUGACGCAGGUGUACUCCAUCGCCAUUGUUGUGCUCGUCUGGGCCUUUGACGGUAACCGGCAGCUCUUUCAGCGUGCGCUGCAGCACUGUGCGGAGGAGAUGCGGAAGACUAGGUACGAACAGCUGCUGAAGAGCGAGUUUGAUGGCUACACAAUCUUCUCCACGGCCGUGUACUGGCCGUUUGCGGCGACAUGCGUGGCCGAGCUCAUCUACGUCUCUGCGGUCGUCUUCUUGUGUUACUUCUCCAACGACGAGGGCAUCAUCUUGUUCUCCGAGGCGGACGCGCCGUGGGAGUCGCGCGGGCUCCUCUGCAACACAAGCAAGCCGCUGCUGAAGCUGCACACGGCACAGCGCAACGCCAUCAUCGAAGACGCCCGCAACGCGAUCAAGGAGGGGCAGAAAGUGCGGAUUGUUCGCUCCUACCAACUCAUCACGGAGGAGGCCUUCGAGGCGCUUGUGCAGGCAAUGCGGGAGCAGGUGGCACGGGCCUUGAAGGAGAAGCAGUUUGAGCAGCUGAAGAGGACCUUCGGUGACAAUGAGUCGCAGUUGGACAACAUGGGGUUUGCUUGGAGGGAGAAUCUGAUGGCUUCUCACCUCGACGAAGUAAGCGGCGGCGUCGGGAACGGGUUAGGCAACAGCUUCAAAGCCGGACCAGCGGAUCAGUUCUUCAACGUUCCCUUUGAAGACUACUUCACGGACAACGGCGGCGCCGCUGGUAGGCCGGAAGUGCCCUGUAGCGUUGAUCCCCUUUCGAUCCAGGAGGGUGGUCUCGGCGAUGACGACGGCGCCUACGGCGACGGGAACAACGGCUUCAUGCUUGACCCCGCAGAUGGCGGCAGUGAAACCGUAGAUGCAUGGUCGCCGCGAGAGGGCGCGAACAUGGUGAACACCGUUGGCGAGAUCUACGACCCGCCUCAGCCGCAACAGCACACCCAGCAUGCGUCGCACACGAAGCAUAGGAGUCGUCGCCGCCGCCGACGCGGCGAUCACGCCGAGGAAGACGACGAAGACUACCAGGUGGAGCCAGAUCCGCGCGACCCUUCGCAGCAGCAAAGAGGCGACGGCAAGAGCGACAUCGAUGGUGGGAAUGCGUACACAAGUCGGUCAAAUUACUUUGAUGCCAAUGAUGACAUGGUGUAUGUCGCCAAUGACAUGGGAGGGAGCGGAGGCGGCUACGUGUCUGGCGCCGGCCCUGGGGGCAGGCUAGAUGGUACAACUGGCAACUACCCACUCAGCACACGAGAAAGCCGGCAGCGGCAACAGAGCCGUGGGCGGCAAGCAGGACUUGAGCAAGAGGAUGACGUAGCCGAUGAGCUCUCUGACGAGCUUGGCUGA